UCUUCCCUCGUCGAUUUCAACUUUUUAGUCUUUGAAGCUUUUUACUUUUCUCUUUUCAACAUGAAGUACAACAUUAUUUGCGCCAUCGUCACCGUCGUGAUUGGAGCUUCAGCUGCGCCGGUCGCAGAUCCAGUCCUCCCCGCCCAACGUUUUGGUUUCCCACGGCAGAGACAUCAUCCCCAGGCGGACGAGGCAGUUCUAGACGAGAAGCGAGAUGCUGUAUUCGUGGGCCAGUACGAUGAUCCACGCAAGCAAGGAUCCUUCGGCCUGUUCAGGAACCGCUUGCAAGGCUUGAAGAACGAGAAGCGCAGGGUCAUCAGUAUCGACCAGCUUCCAAGAUUUAGUGAUGAUUACAAGAAUUGGCUUGGUAUUGGGCCACAAAUCAACGAGAGAUCUGCCGACAAUGGGUACUUGACUGUCGAUGUCGACCAGCUUCCGAGGUUCAGCGGGAACAGGGACUGGUUGGGUAUCGGACCUCAGAUCAAUGCAAGAUCUGCCGACAAUAACUACUUGACCAUCGAUGUCGAUCAACUCCAGAAAUUUGGCGGCAAUAGGGACUUUUUGGGCAUCGGACCACAGAUCAGUGCAAGAGACGCCACGAACUCUCUCUACGACGCUCUUUCCCGCUACGGAUUUGGGCCAGAAGACGUUAAGAGAGAUUUGGAUCUAUCGCACUUCAGGGACCACUUUCCCCAAGAUACAAUUAUUGGAACUGCUCAGAAUCCAAAGUGGAUACUGCCAGCAGAGAAAAGGGAUGCAGAGGCGGAGGCCGAACCAAUUGUGAGGCUUCCGGGUAUGCCUCUGGUGAACACUCAAGAGUGCAAUGAUCCUCUCCUAUGCGCUUCUUUGAAUGAGAAGCGUGAAGCGGAGGCAGAGUCAUUCAUGCACAUUCCGGGUACGCCUUUCUUGGACAACUGCAAGAGUCCGUGGUGCGUUGCUCUGAAGGCGAAGCGUGAAGCGGAGGCAAAACCCAUAUUGAAGCUCCCGGAUAUGCCUUUUGUCAACCCUGAGAAUUGUGACUCUCCUCUUUGCGCGUCUUUGAAGCAGAAGCGUGAGGCAGAGGCGGAAGCUCUCUUGAGGCUUCCGGGGAUGCCUGCCUUGGACUUGAAGGGUUGCAAAAGUCCAUAUUGCGUCUCUCUGAAGCAGAAGCGCGAGGCAGAGGCCAAAGCGCUGCUUCGGAUUCCCGGUAUGCCUGCUGGAGGACCGGGUUGCCGGGGCCCGACCUGUGAAUCGUGGAAGCAGUGA